AUUGCAGAUGCCUCACACCUUGUUAGCAGCGACUUUUGAACACUGGCUGCAACACCUACCUGGCUAUCCCGCUCUGUUGCAGUCGCUGUGAUCCAAUUCAAUAAAUAAGUUUGCACCUGGAGUUUCACGGCUUGAUUUAUAUAGAGAGUUGCCGCUUUCCGCACCGCGGGAGCUUACUGAUUGUCAGAAAUGGCGGCAUCCACUUCGGAGGCUGCCCCUGCCAAGACCGAUGACAAACGAUAUGACCUUGAAAAUUCUCCUUUCAUAGAGCUGAAGACGCCCUUCGGCGAUUCGGAGGCUUGGCGGAUGGCGAUUAUGCUGCCGCUGGUGAUCCCUCGUAUGCUCAUCAUGGUAUGUGCCUUCGCCGUCGUGGCGCUCAUCAACACCCUGGCGGCGUGGAACUGGCCAGUGGAUAAGCCGCUGCCCGCGUCACGGCGCGCGUGGGUGCUGUUCAGCAAGGAGUUCAUGGUGGUGUCGCUAUGGAUGCUGGGCUUCCGGGUCAAAGUCACGGGCCGCGAGAACAUCGCCAAGGCGGAGGAGCUGGGCUCCGUCAUCGUCUUCAACCACGUCAGCUACGUUGACGCCCCCGCCAUCAUGUGGCUGCUAGCUCCUAGCGGCGUGGGCAAGUCCAGCGUGUCAAACGUCCCCAUCCUCAAGUACGUCGUCCGCGCCUAUCAGGCCAUUUAUUUCCACGAGGAGAAGAAGCCCCGCGACGGCGCCGCGCCCGCGGCCCCGCCUAAGCCGCCCAAGAAGAACCCAGUUGCUUACGUGGUCACCGGCAGCGUCACGGAGGUGCUCAUGAAGCGUGUGAACGACCCCACCUACGGCAAGCCGGGCGGCUUCCCCAUGGUGUGUAUGGCGCCGGAGGGCACCUGCAGCGACGGCCGGGGGCUUUUGGAGUUCCGCACCGGCGCUUUCGUGCUGGGCCGGCCGGUGCUGCCUGUGUGUAUGAAGUACAAGACCAACGACCACAACCCCGCCUGGACGCAGGUAUACUCGGAGGCGUGGCAUCUGCUGCGGCUGCUGAGCCAGUGGCGCAACGAGCUGGAAAUCAUCAUCUGUCCACCCUACGUGCCCAGCGCCGAGGAGCUUGCCGAUCCCAAGCUCUACGCCAACAACGUGCGGGCGCUCAUGGGCAAGGUGAUGAACCAGCCGCUGCUGCCGCACAGCCACGCCCAGUUCCUGGCGCUCAAAAAGCUCAAGGUGACGGCGGACUGGACGGGCACUGCCAUCCUAGCGCCGCCGGGUGUGGUGGAGGAGCGCCGAUACAUCGAUUUCAGCAAGCAUGGCCUCACCGCCUAACGGGUGGCGAGGACCGGCCCAAGGAGCAGGCGGCCGCCUUGUGAGCAGCAGGGAGGAGAGCCCUGCUGCCUAGUUAGCAGUGAUCGAAACGCGGAGAAAAUGCGAACGUUGAGUGCGGCCGAGGAGAGCUGCUGGAGGCAUUGCUUGUAGAGAUGUCAGGAGUGGGAUGAGGACGAGUUGCCUAGCGCUGGAGGCUGGGAGCGCGCAAUGCAUGAUGGUAGGAGGCGUACCACCGGUCCAUAACCGCGUGAUGCCUCAACGAUGGAAUGACACGAACUUGGUGAAGUAUGGUGGCGGCAGCUGCACCUGGUGGGUUGGUGGCAGGAUGGUAGCUGUGGGGAGUAGGUGACCCGCCGGUCUUGGCCCCGACCACCCGACGGCCUCAACUGGGUAACAAGGCGGGUGCUCAGGGAGCUUCCGUCGAAACAGCGGCGUGACGAGGACAGGGUAGGCAGGAUGUCUUCAGGAGCGAGAGGUCAGCGCGAGGAAACGCAGCAGGAACACGUGACAGAGUUUCUGGCAGGCAAUGGGUGACGUGGGAUAUGCAAGGCGCAAGCCGCGCUGGUACUGUGGUACGUACCGUCGGACCGUUCGGUCACGCGGCGUGUGUGAAUGUGUGAAGCUCAUUUGCAUCUCACUUGACCAGUGCAUAUAUUCGUCGAUCAAUGCAUUGUCUGUGACGAUGUCUGUGAUCCAGGCGUGCUCCGGCCGUCUCCGGGAGCCUGCCGCACAGCCCAAGCUGCGGCGCGGCGUCCCAUCGCCCUUGGACAGUAGGCCUUAUCAAGCUACAGGUCGUGCGGGCGGAUGCUUCAGCCUUUCAUUCUCCAGCGGCACGGCUUGGCAGUGUCAGGGCCCGGGAAUCGAGCGCGCACCUUGACGAGCAAGGCUGCUUGUGUAGGCUAAGGUGCGGGCUGGUAAGUCCUGGUAAGUGAUAGGCAGUCAGCGCUAUGAUGCAUGUGGGGGGACGCGCGUGUUUGGCGCGCCUGAUCUGUUUCAACGACCACGUGUUAGUGUAACCGAGUUGGAGG